UAACAUACAUCAAUUCUAAAAUCCUUCAACCGAAAAUGGUUAGCAUUCAGGAGUUAAGAAAGAUGCAACGAGCCGAAGGACCAGCAACGAUUAUGGCCAUAGGGACCGCUACACCGCCUAAUUGUAUAGACCAAAAUAUGUUUCCAGAUUACUAUUUCCGUAUUACCAAAAGCGAGCACAAGAAAGACCUUAAAGAAAAAUUUAGGCGCAUAUGUGAUAAAUCAAUGAUUAAAAAAAGAUACAUGUACUUGACAGAGGAAAUUGCAAAAGAGAAACCGAACAUUUGUGCCUACAUGGCACCGUCAUUGAACGAUAGACAAGACAUGCUGGUUGUUGAAGUUCCAAAGCUCGGUAAGGAAGCAGCAACACAGGCGAUCAUGGAAUGGGGCCAACCUAAGUCCAAGAUCACCCACCUCGUGUUUAGCUCAACAAGCAGCAUUGACUUGCCAGGAGCUGAUUACCAGCUCACAAAGCUUCUUGGUCUUCCGUUAUCUGUCAAACAUUGUAUGAUAUACCAACAAGGUUGCUAUGCUGGUGGGACGGCCCUUCGUAUGGCUAAGGACUUGGCCGAAAACAGCAAGGGGGCUCGCGUCUUGGUUGUUUGCGUUGAAAUCACUGCUGUACAUUUUCAUGGGCCUGAUGAAACCCGAAUUGAUAACUUAGUGGGCCAGGCCUUAUUUGGUGAUGGUGCAGCCGCCAUCAUAGUUGGGUCUGGCCCAUUAAUAGAUGUAGAAAAGCCACUUUUUGAGAUGGCUAUUGCUUCUCAAACUAUUCUUCCAGAUACCGAGGGUGCAAUUUACGCUCAUCUUCGUGAGGCAGGGAUUUUAUUUUAUCUUGGUAAAGGUGUUCCGGGCCUUAUCUCAAAACACAUUGAAAAAAUAUUAGUAGAAGCCUUUCAACCCUUGGACAUAGUUGAUUGGAACUCACUUUUUUGGAUUGCGCAUCCAGGCGGGCCGGCAAUCUUGGACCAAAUGGAGGCAAAACUAGCCCUUACCCCCGAUAAACUACGGGCCACACGACAUGUGCUUAGUGAAUAUGGAAACAUGUCAAGUCCUUCUGUACUAUUUAUCCUUAACGAAAUGCGACAUUUUUCAGCUACAAAUGGGCUUAAUACCACAGGAGAAGGUCUAGAGUGGGGUGUAUUGUUUGCGUUUGGGCCUGGGCUGACCGUUGAAACCGUAGUAUUACAUAGUGUGCCCAUUUAG